GCUCUCAUCAUCUGUAUUCCUCCAUUUCUUUGCUCACAUCAAUUCUGUAGAUACCUUGUAUAUAUCUUUCGACAUCAUGGGCUCCGACAGGGCCAAAUUCUGCGAUCUGUGUGAACAGAGCAUUAAACCACGCAGCUGGGUCACUCACCGGAAAGCCUGCAAGAAGAACUCCCAGAAACGAGCCCAGGAUCAGCGCAUUGCAGACUCAAUUAGGCAGUGAAAAGCAGGUCUUCUUGGUCCUGGUUCCAAUGGUACUGCUGUCAAUGCGGUGGUGGGUCACAGUCUCAAUCCGCAGCUCGAGACACAGGUCCAGCGAGACCCUUCAGCAUCGAGUUUCCAUGAUGUUGAUAAUCUGGGCCCUUAUUUUGAUGAGCAACUGGCUAUCCCUGAUGACAACAGGAACCUUCAGUAUUGCGAAUAUUAGCUUGAUGACAUCAAGGUCUCAUUUGGAGUUUGAUGUUGCUGAAAUUGCCCUUGAAGUGGUGCUCAAUAAUGAGCAAACAGACUGUCUCAUUGAUAUAUGCCAUCACUGUGCAGCGCAGUUGGAGAAAUUCACAUUCAAGAACCACAAGGAUUUUACAAAGGAUGUGAUUUCAAUACCCUUCGCAGAUAAAACAUGGGACUUUGAUGUCUACUAUCGCGAUCUUUGGGAGUGGGCUACUGACCUCCAUGAUCCUCAUCUGUUUCCUUAUUUUCAUUUUGAUGCCCAGUGCUUGGCGAAGUUCAAUGGCCAGUCUUUCGAACGAUUUGUAGAUGAGCCUUUUACUGCUCAAGACUUUUGGGAUGCUCAAUUGCAGCUGCUGCAUAGUGCUAAGCCCCUUGCCUUCAUAUUUUUUGGAACUGCAAAAGGCUAUCCCAUUGUUGCUCGAUUAGUGAACUUACCCACCCACAUUUGCAACAGUCAAGGAAUGGGUGGUGGUUACAUUGUUGGGUGGCUUCCUGUGGUAUUACAAUAUGUGAAGGAAGAUAAAGCCCAUGCCAGCUUGCUGGCAUGGGCUAACUUCAAGGCCACACACACAUCUCAUGACUCGGAGGCUAUUCUAGCAACCGUGCAAGAAAGGGAGGCUGCAGAAGAGAGGGAGGAGGUAUUGAAAGACUAUGGACUUUGUGAUGUUGUUUCUCAGAUGAGAGAAAUCAUCUCAAGUAGACAAGAGUUAUCAAGCAUUUCCCCACUGGCGAGACCAAAAACAUCCAAACCAGAGGCAUACUGUCCUCUUGGUUACCUGCUCCUUCGUUGUGUCCAACUUUACCUCAAACUCGAUAUGUACGCCUUGCUUGAAGUUCACACAAUGGAGACCAUUAGCAGUGGCCGACACACACACCUUGCAUUUGCGGCUCUUUUGUGGGCAAAAGGAGCAACAUGCAACUACAAUACCAAGCUGAACGAGAAGAUGCAUGGCUCAUUAAAGGACUUGUAUUUGCUGCGCAUGAACUUUUGUGACGUAGCAGAACAGAUCCUCCGUAUCAAUAUGUGGCAGGUAGCUGCAGAUCAUAUAUACUGCUGCUUAUUCAAAUUCGAUGAUCAUCAACACCAAUUGGAUGAAGAAGACUUACUGGAGGAAGAAGACUUCCUUGCCACUGUCAUUGAGCACCCUGUCUCGACGAGUAACUCCUUUCAUGUGAAACUCGGAUCGAAGCAACCUCCGCUGACUUUUGAUGCAAUUCAGACAGCUCAUCAAGCAGACCAAGCCUUCAUUAAUUUCCGUGUCAAGCUCAAUGAUUUUCUCAAUGCAAACAUAUUCAUCUCUGAGGAACUGAUGAGAUUACAGAGCACUGCUUUAUUCGCAUCAACUAUGAAUCGAUGGUUGAUUGGCAUCAAAAUACAGACUAUCUUCAUUCCAACCCUCGUUUCUUUGAUAUUUCAUUACCAGAUUGUAAGAACACUGAUUAUACUAGUAGUGCAGCUCCCUGGACCCCUGCCUCGAUUACUACGGCACCCCGCACAAACCAGCCUCCAUGAUCGGGUUCAGCUUAAAAGGCUGUACCACAGCAUAUCCACCCUAGAAAAAAAGAUAUUAAACAAGGACCCCAAUGAUCUCGUAGAUGAAGAGCAUGCCGUUCUCCAAGGAUUCAGACGAGGACAUGAAGUUAGUGAUGAAGACCUCCAGCAGCAAAAACGGACAAAGCUGAUCUCAGACCAUGAAUGGCAAGUCAUUCUCUGCUUCCCUCCGAAUAAUCCCAACCAAGUACAAUAUCAUCAUUCAUAUCUGGACCCACACAUUCCACAAACUCCUGGAGGCCUUAGACUCACUGAUAUAAUACAUAAUAAGCUGAUGGAGAUCUCUCUUGCACUGAGCAUUCCAGCUUCCCUCCAGGUAAUCCCAACCAAGUACAAUAUCAUCAUUUGUCUUUGGAUGCAUGCAUUCUGCAAACUCCUCAAACUCUUCAUGCUAUUCACUAACAUCCAACUUGACAACUUUUCGCCAACCCUCGCUCGCUUCAUCAAGCACAUCAAAAUCGAGGGAGCUGAGGAACGCGAGUGGAUUAUGAUAGCAGGCACAGGCAGUCCAGCUGUAAAAGUUGCCAAGAAGUGUCAAGUUGCACCCACAUUCUGUGAUGAAGACAGUGAAGAGAAAUGGAUGGACGUGGAUGACAAAGGUGCCUCACAAGCAUCUCCAGCUCUAUCGGACACAAACACGCCUGCAGAGUUUCCACUGUCAUUCAAACUGGCAUUGGAACUUGCAUUUUUGAUGCUCUCAUUCAUUCUCCGCAAUCCAACGUGGAAGGCCUCACCUUUUGCUUGUUCUACUCUCAAUCCUUAUAUCUCGGUCAUGCUCACCUUCUUGGCUACCAUCACAAAACAUGCAGAGACACUUUCUUUUUUCGCCAACCCUCCCCCCCGCGAUAUCUUUACUGCACAGGGAUUGGUCAUCCCAACUGCUGGCCAUGAGCAGUGGUCGAUGCUGAUGAGUGGUUGUGCCCCACCUCUCUCCGAAGACUGGUGCCUUAGUGGGAUGGAGUGGAUCAGUCGAAAAGUCUUCAAGUGUGGAUACUGGAAGAGCAGAGAGGAGAGAUGGAUGUCAAUGGAGGUGGAGAUCCUGGAUGUGGAAGAAGGCGUAUCCAAUUCAAUGCUUCUUGUAGAGCUAUCUGUUUGCUUUUCUCAUUUCAUUGCUAUACUAUGGACUGAUCGGGUGCAAUCACUGCUGUCGAGCUUGCAUUUGAUUUGGACACUGAAGCUCCUUAUGAGCAUGUUUGAUGUUGAUUGUGACGACUCUGUGGACGUUGAUGUUGAUGAUGAAGAUGCUGAGUCUAAGGAAAUGUCAGAACAGAGUGAAGAGGACGAAAAUGAUCAUGAGGAAGUCAAGGAUCUCAAGGUAUGCCAGAGGUACUUGCGAUCACUUCUCAUUUCAGGUUAUACUAUUCUUGUGCUGGACACCAACAUCAUUUUAUCUUCCUUAUUGGCCGUCACAUCCAUCAUCGAAAUUCCGGUUAUCAUGGAGCUUGAUGGCCUAUCCUUGAAUCCAUCUCAGCUUGGUGAAGCUGCUCAAGAGGCCAUUGCCUAUAUAACCUCACACAUCUGCUCGCACCCGGAUGUUGAUCUCAUCAAUGAAGACUUGUGGGAUUGCUGCAUGGACGAUUUGAUUCUCAAAGCCACAAUCUGGCAAGAUGAGUAUGGGGUGGACCACUCUGCACUAUUAAAGAAUAUGCCACCUGUGCAAGACAAUGCCAAUGCUGUCAAGGUGGUGUUACUGUCUCUAGAUUGUCUCUUCUGUUUGAAAGCCUGUUCACACCAACUUGCAGCAGCUGGCGAGAAAGAUCUUGCUGCUAUACUCGCAUCUGGAACGUAA